AUGGCUAUGCGUGCCUCCGCUCUUAAGGGAGCUGUUGUCGCUGCCAUUUGUGUGGCUCUGGUGGUGAGCUGGGUGGGGGAACCAGCACAAGGGUCGCCAUCCUGCGACAUCCAUCGCUGCAUCUACAAAUGUCCUUCCAAGUGCAACAAGAAAGCUGCGAGCUCUUGCGAGAGUGCCAAGGGCGCAGAUGUAUCUAAGUGCAGGAACGGCUGCGUUACGGGCUGCAAUGCCAGCUGCCAUGAUAGAGGGGCGACUACAUGCGACUGCGACAACAUAUGUGAGAGAUACUGCAAGAGCACUCCAGGCCCUACAUACAAUGCGUGCGUGUCUACAGUCUUCCAGUCGUGCAAGGACUCCUGUGAAAAAGGCUGCAAGGGCGAAAAAGUGAAUAACUGA